AUGAACGCAUGGACAGGUCAUCAAGGGCCAGUCCACGUAUAUGACGGGAUCGAUUCAGGGCUGAACCUGCCUGUAUCACUGGAAAGUAAACAAACGCUGAUUAUCGCAGUCUCACCUCGUGGGCCACGCAACUCCAAUAAUCCGAAUAUUCAUGCUGUCCGGACGCCCUCUACAGUGAUCGACUCCAUGUUGGACAAACGACGGGAUCGAACCGUGAAGCCACCUGGAGACGAGAAGAUACUGGGUGAGUUUAAUCUGACCGAUUGGACAUUAGCCGCCGAACACUGGGAUGCGCCGACAGAUCUCCACGAUGUCGAAAUGAUUGCCCGAAACUCUCGUAUCUUGAACCUCGAUCGUCGGCCUCGCGAAUCCCGCCGAAGUGGGAUACUACAGUACCUCGCUCAAAUUCCCCCCUACCCAUCGAGCUUAUAUCGCCGUUUCAUAAAUCCUGCACCUGCAUGCAAUCCUGAUCUCCAUCAAGGGUCACAGGCUUCUAUCUUUAGACUACCCCGAGGCUCGCGCGAAUAUCGGCCAACAUCUCGGGAUUGGCCAGAACGCCGUCCUCGCGAUCGUCCCAACGACCACUCAGGUAUACGAGAUCAUGGACAAAAUCCUCACCUGCUCGCGGCGGGACAGCUUCUGCCAGACAUCUCAGAGAAUGUCUUGGCUGAGAAAGUCAGCAUUACCCCAUACGUGAACGUUCAGCUGAGCCCAUCCGGUGGGUUGGGGUACAGACUCGGCAUGUCUUAA